AUGGUGCACAAUAAAGUAACAAUCAUUGGAUCCGGACCAGCUGCCCACACUGCUGCAAUUUACUUGGCCAGAGCCGAGAUGAAACCCACCCUGUAUGAGGGUAUGUUGGCUAACGGUAUCGCUGCUGGUGGUCAAUUAACCACCACAACUGAUGUUGAGAACUUCCCUGGUUUCCCAGAGGGAAUCAGCGGUACAGGUUUGAUGGACAAACUGAGAGAACAGAGUUUAAGAUUUGGCACUGAGAUCAUUACCGAGACCAUCUCCAAGGUCGACUUGUCAUCUCGUCCAUUCAAAUUGUGGACCGAAUUCAACGAGGAUGAAGCUCCAAUUACAACAGACGCUGUAGUUAUUGCCACUGGUGCCUCCGCCAAAAGACUUCAUUUGCCAGGAGAAGAGACUUACUGGCAACAGGGUAUUUCUGCCUGUGCUGUUUGUGACGGUGCUAUCCCACUUUUCAGGAACAAGCCUUUGGCAGUUGUUGGAGGUGGUGAUUCCGCCUGUGAGGAGGCCCUUUUCUUGACCAAGUACGCUUCCAAGGUUUACAUGAUUGUCAGAAAGGAUUACUUAAGAGCUUCUACCAUUAUGCAAAGAAGAGUUGAAAAGAAUGAAAAGCUCGAGGUUCUGUACAACACUGUUUCCAAGGAGGCAAAGGGUGAUGGAAAGUUGCUAAGUGCACUGACCAUUGAGAACGUUGUCACUAAGGAAGUCAAAGACCUUCCAGUCAGCGGUCUGUUUUACGCAAUUGGACACAUCCCAGCCACCAAAAUCUUUGCCGACCAAUUAGAAUCGGACGAAGAUGGAUACCUCAAGACUAUCCCAGGUUCUUCCCUUACAUCUAUUCCAGGUGUUUUCGCUGCUGGUGAUGUCCAGGACAAGCGUUACAGACAGGCCAUUACCUCUGCAGGAACCGGAUGUAUGGCCGCCUUAGACGCUGAGAAAUUCUUGUCCGAGAACGAGUAA